UCUUGAGCGUUUCCAGAACUUCCCUUUAAGGGUGUGGGUCUACCCGACUUAAACCAAUAGUGUGACUCGUCUUUCUGUGGGGGGAAAACGGUGACAUGCGAGGCAGUGGGUCUUUAAAGGAGCUGCUCUGCCCCUGCUCUCAAACCCAAUCUCGCAGGACUUGUUAGCGUAUCACGUGACAGACUCUUAAUGAAGUGGACACACUGUUGGGCCCGGUGUGCGCAUGCGCUCGGUGUAAAAUGUAGUUGGAAAUGAGGUGUCCGUCUUGGAGUAGUCGACUUUUAAAAAGCAUCGGCAGCCCGUGAUAUGACGACUUCGCUGGUUCUGCAUCCACGCUGGGCGGACACCUUGAUGUACGUUUAUGAAAAAAGCCCGAAUGAAAGCAGCCAGAAUAAAAGCCAAACAAUGGAGGGACUGAGCGGUAAUUGCCCUGCGACCCACUGCAGGGACCUGAUGUCGCACCCAGCGCUGGGACGACAUUCUGGCUCCAUAGCGACCCACCAGGGCUCCGUCUACUCGGAUAUUUCCUCUCCGGAAAGCGGUCGGCAGUGCCCCGCUCCCCAAACGUCUUCGAGCGCGUCUCUGAGCUACGGCUACCCCUUUGGAAACCCAUAUUACGGCUGUAGAUUAUCCCACUCGCACAACGUGAACUUGCAGCAGAAGCCCUGCUCGUACCACCCCGCGGAGAAAUACGCCGAACCCAGUACGGCUCUCCCCACGGAAGAACUGUCUACCAGGCCGAAAGAGUUUGCUUUCUACCCGAGUUUCGCCAGCUCGUACCAGGCCGUCCCAGGAUAUCUGGACGUGUCGGUGGUGCCCGGAAUCAGCGCCCAUCCUGAGCCGCGACACGACGCCCUAAUCCCCAUGGAGGGCUACCAGCACUGGGCUCUCUCCAAUGGCUGGGAUGGACAGGUGUACUGCUCUAAAGAGCAAACGCAGUCGACCCAUCUCUGGAAAUCACCAUUCCCAGACGUCGUGCCCCUGCAGCCCGAGGUCAGCAGUUACCGUCGCGGGCGCAAAAAGCGCGUCCCUUACACCAAGAUCCAGCUCAAGGAGCUGGAGAAGGAGUACGCGGCCAGCAAGUUCAUCACCAAAGACAAGAGAAGACGCAUCUCGGCCGCCACCAACCUCUCGGAGCGUCAGGUCACCAUCUGGUUCCAGAACCGGCGGGUCAAGGAGAAAAAAUUCGUCAGCAAAUCCAAGAACAAUCACAUCCACACCACUUGAUACGGACAGGGCUGCACUUCGAAUCUUCCGAAAACAACACGGCAUCUGUUUACCUCUCGCAUCGAAAGAUCUUUACUGAAGAACAUUUUAUAUAUAUAUAUAUAUAUAUUUUUUUUUUUUUCUCUGUUGUUGUUUUGGUCGAGUGUGUUUUAAAUUUCUAAUUUAAGUUCAAACAUCAGCCAACACCGCCGACCACGUCCACAGCCUCCCCUCCACUUCUCAGUUUAGAGAUAAUCCUCUAAAAACUGUGAAAAUGUUGAAAGUUCACGUCGAUUUUGUUUUAUAGGAAUGUACAUAUAUAAAUAUAUAAUAUUUAAAACGCUAUCUGUAUUUCAAAGACAAGUAUUGCGUGUUUUAUUUUUUUCUUUCUUUCUUCUUCUUCUUCUUCUCCUUCUUCUUCUACUUCUUCUUCUUCUUCUUCAAGCCUGCAUCUUUUAAAGGACUGACGACAUCUCAAAGUGGUUGCAAUGGAGGGAGAUCAAAAUCAAAGGAAACUGUUGUCAUUUUAGAGAGGAUGAUCGCCAUAUGGACAGCAUAAGUCGAACUUUCGACUUUAAUCAGUUUCUACAACUGACAUUGAAGACUUUCAUCAGAAAGAAUAAUUUAAAAAAAAAGAAGAA